AUGGCUUCGUCGUCGCGGGAGUCACAGCACUCUUUGCUGUCUAAAGAUUCACUCGACACACAGCCUCAACGUUCUUGGAAUCCUCUUAGUAAUCGCCCAACCGACUCAGACUACCGUUACCAUGCACCUUCAGAGAGCACAUGGUCCGAAGAAGUUAUGCGCGAUAUUGGCCUAGGAAUCUCGAAUUCAUCCGGCGAUGCAAUUCCAGCCAACAAGCGCGAUUCAACGGAUAGUACCGCCACUACAACGCCACAUACCUACCAAAUCCCCGAGUCUCCCCAGACUCCGCAUUCUCCACAGACCCACGUGCGUUGCCCUAAUCGAGCAACAGUUCUCCAGAAACGGCUUUCAUGGGUCCCCUUGACAGUCUUGAUUCUGGCUAUCUAUUCCACCAUCUUUUCAGGUAUCUAUCUUGGCAUUGCGGUGGGCAAGCCUCGAUGGCACAAUAUCUCCAAUACGGGAUCGUUAGCUCCGCCUACAGCAGCGUUGCUGAGCGCGUUCUUUGCGAAGACGAUUGAAUUAGCCUAUGUUACGAUUUGCGUCGCGUUUCUAGGACAAGUGCUUAGUCGGAGGGCUUUGAUGAAAGAUUCUAGAGGAAUCAGUAUCUCAGAUAUGAACAUGAGAGCCUGGAUCAUGCAACCCGGAUCUAUGAUUGUGCAUUGGGAGGCGUUGCGCUAUUCAGCACUUACUUUUCUCGGGUCUAUUGCGUUGGUUGCAACGUUCGUCGCGAUGCUAUACACCACCGCAUCGCAAGCUCUAGUCGAACCCAAACUCACUCUUGGUCCUGUUGAAUCAACAAUCCUCCAGGGCAAGGUAACUUCCAGCUUCGCAAACCCGGGAUACAUCGCAGCAGACUGCGGCACACCCGUAACCAACGAGAUGGAUAUGUAUUAUCGCAACACAACCUGUCUCCAGAUCGUCCACGCCGGCGACGCAUACCACAACUACCAACAAUGGAUAUCCCAAUGGGGCCAGCUCGUGGGAAGCAACAAUGAAACCUCACGCCAACUCCAAAAACGCCCACCGCCAACAGGCUCCCUCUGGGACAACACCACAGUAACAGGCAGCUGGAUCGACAUCCAAGACACAUCAACUCUAUCUAAGAAACACAACCGAAUGAUCAACAACAUAACAAUGGCAAUGCCACACGGCGGCAUCCCCGCCGCAGCAAUGAACACAAAAAACAACCUCAAACAACCAACCGACAACUCCGGCGAAGGAAAAUACAACAUCGAAGCCUCCGUCCCCUCCCCGGCAAUCAACGUCCUCUGCGCAGGAAUGACAAAAAAAGAACUAAGCCCCCUAAUCUACUCCUCCUGGCCGGGCCACAAAUUCAACGUAUCAGCCUGGCCCGUAGCCGACAUCCCCCACCCACCCUCCUGGCUAAACCGCACAGUCGUCGACUCCCUCUUCCAAUUCGGCCCGAAAUACGGCCAAGUACCUCCAAUCUUCGGAAAAUAUCCUCUCCCAUACAACACAAUCCUCAACGGAACAGGUCCAUUCCCCGCAAACGCAGUCUACCUCCUCGGCGCAACGCCACCACCCGUCGAUAACAACACUCACACACCAGAGUACGUGUUGUGUUCGCUCCGCGCGAAACAAACAGGCGUGUGCUCGACAAAAUACUCCGCUGAUCAAAGCGGCGCAACCCUAAGCACAGAUUGUGAAAACCCCUCAAACGACCUGCAAUACGACCGUCGCCAAGGCAGUUUCAUAGAAGGACUCUGGGAUUCAGAUUGGAAGAAUCUCGCUUCCGAAUGGGCGAAUUCACUCAGUCUAAACGCAGGUAUCUCAGAUGGCGCAGCAAGCAAUGCCAGACUGCUCAUGCAGAUGAUGCCGGCCUAUAACGAGACAUCUUCUACCUUCACUCUCGACCCAUCACUGCCAUCCAUCGCUGAAGCGAUAGCAGUUAUGGCCGGUAGUACUUUGAUUCUGAGUAGCCAGAAUGCUCCAUUCACGCCAUUCUGGAAUUACAGUCUUUCCAACGGGAAUGUUCUUUCCGAGCCUGUAUACCAGAGUUUCAAUGCGAGUAUUCAAGUAGUUGGGUAUGCGUCUGGUGGGACGGAGAAAUGGCAGGGCAUAUUCUAUGUGAUUCUCGUAUUUGCGUUCUUGACUAGUGCGGUUUGUCUUGGGUUUAUGAUUGUCGAAGCGCGGGGACGACAGGUGACUGAUUUUACGGAGCCGCAGAAUUUGUUUGCGCUUGCUGUUAAUAGUCCUCAGACGACGCAGUUGGAGGGUGCAUGUGGGUGUGGGCCUUGGGGGAAGCAGUUGAAGGAGAGGUGGUUUAUUGGGAUGGAGGAGGAUGAUGAGCAUUAUUAUAUUCGGAGUAAGAGUGAGGAGAAGAUUCCGUUUUUGAGGAAGGAGGCGCAGAUGGAGACUAUGGAGAUUGAUGAUGGGAAGAUGCUUAGUCCUAUGGUUGAUGAGUUUCGGAAGGUGUCGAAGAGACAUUCGUUUUUGGCGAAGCUUUAUUGA